AAGAAUAGUUCUGCAAGCUGAAUAUGCAUAUAUAGUAGCAUGCAUUAUACAUGCUCAUUACCACUUCAUUUCAUACAAGCAUAGCUAUGGGAAUAGUACCACAAAAUGUUAGCUUUAUAGCACUUCUUGCUUUCUCAGUGCUACUUGGCACUGUGUUAACUGCAGAACCAAGCCUGGAUGUCGAGCUUGAAGCUCUGAAAGCAUUCAAAAAUUCAAUUACAGAGGACCCUCUUGGUGCUCUUCAAGAUUGGAAUGAUUCUAGUCAUCAUUGCAACUGGACUGGGAUCACGUGUGAUACUUUUGUCGUCUCCAUUUCUGUGGUCGAAAAGCAACUUCAGGGCUCCAUCUCUCCAUUCCUGGGAAAUCUUUCUAAUCUCCAGGUUCUUGAUCUAACUUCAAACUCAUUCACUGGUCACAUUCCUUCACAACUAGGCUAUUGCUCACAGCUUACUGACCUCAUCUUUUAUCAAAAUUCACUUUCUGGUUCAAUCCCACCAGAGCUAGGAAAGCUUGAAAAUCUACACACUGCUGAUUUUGGUAACAAUUUACUCACUGGAAGCAUUCCAGAGAGUUUAACCAACUGCACAUCACUGUUGGCACUUGGCUUAAACUCUAACAACCUCACCGGUGAAAUCCCAUCUAGCUUAGGUGAAUUGGUUAAUCUACAGGUUUUUGUAGCUUAUGAUAACAGUCUAACAGGUUCAAUUCCUCCUUCCAUUGGUAACUUGAAAUAUAUUCAAGAUUUUGACCUAAGUGAAAACAAGUUAUCUGGUCCAAUCCCCCCGGAAGUAGGAAAAUUGUCUAAGUUGCAAACACUGCAGUUAUUCACCAAUUCUCUCACUGGCACAAUUCCAAAAGAAUUAGGCCAGUGUACCAAUCUUGUCUUGCUAAACCUUUAUGGCAAUCAUUUCACUGGAGCCAUUCCUUCUGAACUUGGAAAUUUGGCGAGUUUACAAGCCUUACGGUUGUAUGAUAAUAAGCUGAAUUCUACAUUUCCACUUUCAUUUCUACGAUUGAAAUCAUUGAUCAAUCUGCAACUUUCACAUAAUGAAUUAACUGGCAGCAUACCUUCCGAAAUUAGUUCCUUGGCUUCAUUGCAGAUACUGAUGCUGCAUAAUAAUAGCUUUACUGGUGAGAUCCCUUCAUCAGUAACCAAUAUGACAAAUCUAACUUAUGUGUCGAUGGGCUACAAUCUUCUCACGGGAUCAUUACCAUCAAACAUGGGGGCACUACACAAUUUAAAGAACUUGUCAUUCUACUUUAAUUUUCUUGAUGGUGUCAUUCCUCCUAGUAUCACCAACUGCACAAAACUUCUUUCAAUAGGGUUGUCUUCUAAUAAACUGACCGGAAAAAUUCCUUAUGGCCUAGGGAAGUUGCCAAAUCUCACAUUUCUCAGCGUAGAAAAUAAUCAUAUGUUCGGAGACAUUCCUGAUGACCUUUUUGAGUGCAUAGGUCUGACUACGCUCGUCUUAACUGGAAAUAAUUUCACCGGAUUGCUGAAACCAAGCAUAGGAAACCUCACUAAUCUUGAGACGCUGCUUCUUGGUACAAAUUCAUUUUCAGGAAGGAUUCCAAAGGAAAUUGGGAAUCUUACUCAGCUGCUUAAGUUAUCCCUUCGGACAAACAAAUUUUCAGGCUUCGUUCCUCCUGAACUGUCAAAGCUUACUCUCCUCCAAGGCCUUGCACUUGAAAACAAUCUCCUGGAAGGCUUGAUUCCAGGAAGCCUUUUUGAGCUCCGAAAGCUGUCUGUACUUCUGCUUCACAAUAACAAGUUCACAGGAACCAUCCCGGAUGCUCUUUCAAAACUUGAGCAACUGACGGAAUUGAACCUCAGAGAAAACAAGCUUUCUGGGUCAAUCCCUAAGAGCUUGGCAAGACUGAACCGACUGUUGACCUUGGAUCUCUCGCGUAAUAAUCUCACAGGAUCUAUUCCAGGAUCAGUGAUAUCAAGCAUGAGAACAUUGUCGAUGUACCUCGAUCUAUCACACAAUUUAUUUUCUGGAAAAAUUCCACCUGAGAUGGGAAUGCUAGAAAUGGUACAAGUCAUUGACAUCUCAAAUAACAAUCUAUCAGGAAGCAUUUCUGCGCUCAGAGGCUGCAGAAAUCUGUUAUCACUUGAUGCAUCAAGUAACAAAUUAUCUGGCCAGAUCCCAACAGACAUUUUCACUCAGAUCACGCAGCUUACCAACCUGAAUCUCUCAAGUAACCAGCUAGAUGGGGCACUCCCUGAGAAUUUGGCGAGCCUGAAGGAUCUUAAUUCGCUUGAUCUUUCACACAAUAUGUUCAAAGGCAUAAUACCUGAAAAUUUCACCAAAAUGUCCACCUUGAAAUACCUCAAUCUUUCUUUUAAUCAACUUGAAGGACGUGUUCCGGAGACUGGUCCAUUCAGAAACAUAAGUGUAGCCAAUUUGCAAGGAAACCCAUCCCUUUGUGGAGGCAAAUUUCUCCAGCCAUGCAUCAACCAGAAGAAAUCAAAAGGCCCUCUUUCCAAAAAGAGGCUGAUCAUUCUUGCUUCAGUAGGAUCAUUUGGCAUAGUCUUGCUAUUAUUAAUAAUAGUUCCCCUGUUUCUAAGAUGCAUCAAAAAGAGUAAAACAAAAGAGCUCGAGGAUGCAGCACCAAAUUACACUUCAAAAUCGAUCCUCAAGAGGUUUGAUCCGAAAGAACUGGAAGAUGCUACUAAUAUGUUUGAUGAGGUUAACAUUCUGGGUUCAAGUACUAUGAGUAUUGUGUACAAGGGUACACUGGAAGAUGGACAGCUAAUAGCCGUUAAAAAUUUGAAGGUGCAUCAAUUUGCUGUGUCAAGUGAAAAGAGCUUCAACAGAGAACUCGGAACACUUGGUAAACUGAAGCACAGAAAUCUGGUGAAGCUUAUAGGUUAUGCUUGGGAGAGUUCAAAGCUGAAGGCAAUAGUAUUAGAAUACAUGGAAAAUGGUACUCUGGAGAGCAUUAUACAUGAUCCAAGGGUGGAUCAAGCACGGUGGACAUUGUUGGGGAGGAUUGAUGUUUUAGUCUCAAUUGCAAGGGGUUUGGUUUAUUUGCAUUCAGGUUAUGAUUUUCCAAUAGUUCACUGCGACCUGAAGCCUUCUAACGUUCUUUUUGAUGGGAAGUGGGAUGCCCGUGUGAGUGAUUUUGGGACGGCCAGAAUUCUAGAUAUAGAUUUAAACAGCAGCAGCUCUACCUCGGGAUCAGCUUUUGAAGGAACUAUUGGCUACUUGGCACCAGAGUACGCAUUUAUGAAGAAAAUCACAACAAAAGUCGAUGUUUUUAGCUUUGGCGUGAUAAUGAUGGAGUUUCUCACAAGAAGACGUCCCACAGGGCUUUCUCUAGAGAAUGGACAGCCAAUCACAUUGCCACAACUAGUUCAGAAUGCUUCUGCAGAUGGAAACGAACGAUUACUUCAUCUAGUUGACCCUCAGUUAACUUCAGAUAUCUCAAACAAACAGCAGCUGGUAGAAAUCUUUAAGUUAGCCUUACUAUGCACGUGCCAAGAGCCAGAAGGUCGACCUGACAUGGAUGAGGUGCUGUCUUCACUUGCAAAGAUCAGCAAAAUGGCAGCACAAAAUGGGAUCACAGAAGAUAGCAGAUCAAAAAAAGGUCAAACAAGCAACGCUGCCCCUCAAAUUGUUCGCACUGCAUCUUGAAUCCUAGUUAGCUGUAAAAAGCAAUUUUCAAUUGUUUGCAUUUCUUACAGUGCAUCCACUGCUUUAUAUCAUCGAGCAUGUUCUUAAAGCAUUUUGUUCA